AUGAUCAUCUGGGACCAAUUCUGGACCGACAUAUGUCCAACCGGAUUAAGGCCUUGGGUGCAGACAAACAAUGAUCUUGCACCAUGCUUCCAGGAGCUCGUUCUGCAGUUGCCGAUACUCAUGUUAUUCGCCAUUUUUUCAUCCUACUACUUUGGUACCUAUUGGCGUACAGUGUCCCGCAAUGAAACACAACUACGAGCUAUACGGUUCCGGAUUUGGGCAUCGUUAUUUUUGAUACUCGUUCCAGCCAUAAAAGUGUGCUACAUUUUUCGCCUUCACAAGGAACUGUAUCCAGUGGACAUAUUGCUGGCAUGUGUGCAGCUCUUGGCCUGGUCGAUACAUUGCUGCUUUUUACUGGCCUCUGCACGAAAAGGUUCGCUUAGUCAUCGAGGUCCACUAGCGCUGAUCGUUUUAUGGACGUCACUAUUUGCACUACAUGCCAUCUGGCUGCAUACGAACGUUCAUACGGAUUAUUGGCUGUGGUACGCGGCUCAACUAUUGCUCUAUCUCAUCUAUGGUGCAACACUUGUUGCGCCAGGAAAUGCUCAUUACGUGCGCCUACGAAGGACGGAGGAUGAAGAACGACAAGCGCUACUAUCCCAAUCCUAUACACGUUUCUUCGAGGACAUGGAAGAAACGGCACUGGGUCCAAUAGAGGACGAUGCGAAUCUAUUUUCCAGAAUUGUCUUCUACUGGGUACGACCGCUCAUCGCAAAAGGAGUCAGUGGGAAACUAAAACGCAGCGAUGAUUUGUUUGAUUUACCCGAAGCCCUCACACUGCAUCGAGUUACGGAAAAACUUCAAACGGCACUGAACACAACGACCUCUUUGCUGAAAGCACUGCACAAGUGUUUCGGAUGGGAAUUUUAUCUGAUCGGACUGUUGCGACUGUUGGGCGAUCUUUCGGGAUUUGCUGGUCCAAUCUUACUCGGUGGUCUGCUGCGUGCGGAGGAUAAAGGCAACGCCACCUCACCAACAGAUCCAACCGAUCUCAAUGUAGUGACGGAUUUUCGGGCAUAUUACUACGCGCUCGCGCUAUUCAUUUCGGCACUGGUUAGUGCUUUUGCGGCAGUCCAUUUUAACUGGCGCAUGACAUUCGUUAGCAGCAAAAUGCGAAUGUCCAUCGUGACGGCCAUCUACCAAAAAUCGCUUACCGCGAAACAGCUGCAGACAGCACGGCCCGAAAUACUGAACUUAAUGUCAACCGACACCGAUCGCAUCGUAAACUCGUGUAUCAGCUUCCAUUCAUUCUGGAGCAUCCCGUUCCAGCUGUUUACCACGCUCUAUCUACUCUACACACAGCUCGGUGUCGCUUUUGUUGCGGGCGUGUUGUUUGCGGUGUUACUGAUUCCGAUCAAUCGCAAGAUCGCACAGAAAAUUGGACAACUCUCGCAGGGACUGAUGUCAGCGAAGGAUGGUCGCGUCACAAUCACCACUGAAGCCAUCAGUGGAGCCAAAGACAUCAAACUGAAUGCCUGGGAAGAUGUUUUCAUCGGUAAGAUCCAAACCCAGCGGACUGAGGAAAUACAUUUCCUAGCCAAAAGGAAAUAUCUGGACGCUCUGUGUGUGUACUUUUGGGCCACAACGCCGGUAUUAAUGUGCCUGUUCACCUUCGGUACGUCGAUUCUGCUCGGCAAACCGUUAACCGCAGCCACGACCUACACCAGCGUAGCAUUGCUGAACAUGCUGAUUGGCCCGCUGAACGCGUUUCCCUGGGUACUUAAUGGUUUGACCGAGGCGUGGGUAUCGCUCAAGCGCGUACAGGAACUUUUCGAUCUACCGGACGUUAAUCUACGGGAAUGCUAUCGCCCGCUGAGCGCUUCGGAUGCAUCCUUCUCCAAUUCCUCCAAGCGUCCCGUCGUACUAGCUAUCAAGGAUGGCAACUUUGAGUUUGAAAUCAAGCGCAGCCGCAAGGAUUUGAAGUUGGUACAGGAAGAUAUAAUCGAUUUCGCUUUCCGCGAUCUAACGCUACAGGUGCGCCAAGGAGAGCUCGUUUGCCUGGAAGGUCCCGUUGGUGGGGGCAAAUCCUCGCUGCUGCAGGUGAUAAUGGGUUACUUUAAAUGCAUCUCUGGUGCGGUAGCAAUUUCGACGGAUAUAAGCGAAGGCUUUGGGUAUGUCGCACAGACCCCCUGGCUGCAGCAAGGCACCAUCCGGGACAAUAUUCUUUGGGGCGAAAUUUACGACGAAGCACGUUAUAAGGCGGUCAUUCAUGCAUGCGCAUUGCAGUACGAUUUGGAUGCAUUGCGCGGCGACGGUACUGGCGUCGGCGAGCAAGGACGUACCUUGUCCGGGGGGCAAAAAGCACGAGUAGCGCUGGCACGCGCAGUUUACCAGAACAAGAGCAUCUACCUGUUGGAUGACAUUCUGUCGGCGUUGGAUGCACAUGUCGCAUCGCACAUCAUUCGUCACUGUCUGUUUGGGUUGCUGAAAGACAAAACACGCGUCGUUGUUACCCAACACGCAAUGGUGUUGAACCGGGCAACGCAAAUCCUGCACGUGGAAGCGGGUCAAGUUUCGCAGAGCGACGCACCGAACGUUGGUUCCCUGCUGAGUGAUUACGAUGAUUACGACGAGGAUACCAGCACCACGCUGUCCAUAGCGAAUGGCAAUUCGUCCUACGUAGCAGUACGCCACGAAGAGGAUCAGCGAAGCACCGACAGCGUGCUGAUGGAGGAAUCGCGCGAAUUCGGUCAUCUGGAUCGCAGAGUACUCGGAGCUUACUGGCAGGCAACGGGACGUAGUCUUGGACUUUGGGUCGUGAUUGCCGUACUUAUGAUGCAAAUAUCUCGUAAUCUCACUGAUGCGUGGCUAGCGUACUGGGUCGGGACGGUGAAUGAAACACCCGCGAAUAGUACAGCGCUCGUGGCAGAUCCUACCGUACUCGAACAGAAAGCAUCGGAAGGAGUGCUUGCAAUGGUCGAUCAUCUUCUUGUAUCAACAGUUAACAAUGGCACUGCAUCUUCUUUCUACUAUCUGGGGGUUUACGCAAGUUUGGCCAUCAGUAACAGUAUGUUGACGUUAUUGAGAGCAUUCUUGUUUGCGUAUGCUGGUUUAAAGGCUGCCAAAAGCAUACACAAUCGUUUACUGCACAGCGUUCUAUACACUAAACUACAGUUCUUCGAUAUAGUUCCUCUUGGAAGAAUUCUCAACCGCUUCUCGUCGGACGUCUACACGGUGGACGACACACUUCCCUUUAUAAUGAACAUUCUUUUGGCACAGUUCUUUGGAUUGCUGGGAGCACUGUUGAUAAGUCUAUACGCCAUGCCUUGGCUAGGAUUGCUGAUCGUGCCUCUCGUGCCGAUAUAUCUGUCGCUUCAAAACAAAUAUCGCUACGCUUCACGUGACAUAAAGCGGCUUUCGAGUAACGCCCUUUCGCCGCUGUACGCCCACUUUACCGAAACACUGCAGGGCCUGACCACGAUUCGGGCACUACGCGGAGAGAAACGGUUCCAGCGAGACUUUCUGUACAAGCUUGGUGAAAGCAUAAAAGCCCAACUGUCGGCCGCAGCCACACAGCAAUGGUUGGGGCUGAGACUGCAGUUGUUGGGCGCCUUUCUCGUAGGAGGAUCCGGUUUGUUAGCGGCAAUUACAUCGGCCCAUAUGACUUCCCCCGAGCUAGUGGGACUAGCCAUCAGCUACGCGUUGUCCAUCACCGGGCUACUAUCGGGGUUGUUAUAUGCAGUUGCCGAAACGGAACAAGAACUUGUCGCAGUCGAACGUAUCGAUCAAUACUGUCAGCUUGAACCGGAAGUAAAUGCGGAUGGAUCUGCCGAUCCACCAUUUGGUUGGCCCUCGCAGGGAGUGGUAGUUUUUGAUAAUGUACAUAUGCGCUACCGAGAACACUUGCCAUACUCCAUUAGAUCGAUCAACAUUAAUGUGAAGCCGUGCGAACGCAUCAGCAUUGUCGGGCGGACUGGAUCGGGGAAAACCUCCGUAGUGGCGUCACUGCUACGAGUUGCAUCUUUAGACAAAGGCACUAUAGCUGUGGAUUUUGUGAAUAUAUCCACCUUACCUUUAGACGUACUGAGAAGCCGUAUCGCGCUAAUAUCGCAAGAUCCGUUCCUGUUCAAUGGUACGAUCCGUGAUAAUCUUGAUCCGCGCGCGGUACACGUUGAUUCCGAAAUUUGGGAAGCCAUCACGUGCUGUUUGGCGAGCCCGCUCGUGCAGGCACUCGGCGGGUUGUACGCACAGCUGGACGUUAGUGGAGCAAACCUUUCAGCGGGACAAAAACAGUUGCUCUGUCUCACCCGAGCGCUGCUGAAGAAAUCAAAAAUCGUACUGAUCGAUGAAGGCACAUCCAACCUGGACUUUGAGUCAGAAUCUGCCGUUCAGCUGGUGCUUAAAAAUGCCUUCCGUGGCCGCACGGUAAUCGUGGUGGCUCAUCGUUUGCGAGGAAUUCUUGACACCGAUCAAGUGUUCGUGAUGCAGGAUGGAACCGUCAUUGAGCAGGGUGUGCCACGCGAUCUUGCCGAUCAACCAAACUCCGUGUUAUAUUCUUUACUGCAAGAGCAGCAGAGCGCUUAG